CUGGUUGGGGAGUAUUAACAUGUCUGGACGCGGCAAGCAGGGCGGCAAGGCUCGCGCCAAGGCCAAGACGCGCUCGUCGCGGGCCGGGCUGCAGUUCCCGGUGGGCCGCGUGCACCGCCUGCUCCGCAAGGGCAACUACGCCGAGCGGGUCGGGGCCGGCGCGCCGGUGUACCUGGCGGCCGUGCUGGAGUACCUGACGGCCGAGAUCCUGGAGCUGGCGGGCAACGCGGCCCGCGACAACAAGAAGACGCGCAUCAUCCCGCGCCACCUGCAGCUGGCCAUCCGCAACGACGAGGAGCUCAACAAGCUGCUGGGCCGCGUCACCAUCGCGCAGGGCGGCGUCCUGCCCAACAUCCAGGCCGUGCUGCUGCCCAAGAAGACCGAGAGCCACCACAAGGCCAAGGGCAAGUAAGCUGGAAAAAUAGCACCUUAGGUUAUUGAGGGGACAGUUUUAACCAAAGGCUCUUUUCAGAGCCACCCCCGUAUUCAUGAAAAGGGCUUACAUUUUCCUUCUUAAUUGUAGCUAAUUGGAAAUGCCCUUCAGGGUAGUUCGUCAAUCCAGGAAUACGGGUACGUGCUCCCAACUCCUCACAAAGGUGAACAAGCCAUUCACUCUAGAGUUACCAUAAACAUAGUUCCCAUUAGUAAACUAAGACGGAUGUAGAGAUGUGUCACAAGGGUUAACCAGAUCAGUGCUGCAGUCCCCAGCGUUGUAAACCAUCAGGUAAUAGGAAGGUUGAUGUUUCCCCUUUGUUGGAAAUGGAGAUCCAAAUCUAGUUAGUGACCUACAGGACAAUAGAACUGGACCUUUAAUAUUAUAUGCUAUUGAAAGCAGGUUGCCUUUUAAUUGACAGAAUCCCCUGCAAUUCACAUUUUAUAAACAAACCAGAUCCAGCGUUAAUGAGCUUGGGGCCUAAUCAGUUGCCAAUCGGAAUACAAUACAUGCCCUAGAACCCGUUGUCCUUCAAUCAGUACUAAGAACACACAGUAAUCUUGUACCACUUACAACUCUGGGUAUUUUUCAACACCAUUUUACACAAACUUCGGUUUGUGUAAAGGAAGUACGUGUUAAUAAUAUUAUAACCUUACAACAUUAAAUAUGAAAUCAAAUCAGGCUUAAUGGCCGGUGCAUUCAGGACUUGUAUAAAUACAUACCUAAAAAUCUGAGUUUGAAUAGAGACAUCAAGAAAUAGACAUGUAAUUUGUCUUCCUAAAGUGGAAUUAAGGUAAAAUACUACCUUGCCACGGCACCUGGUGGCUCGGUGGGUUAAGCGACUGACUCUGGACUCAGGUCAUGAUCUCACAGUUCCCGAGUUGGAGCCAGGCGUGGGGUUCUCGGCCACCUGUGCAGAGCCUGCUUGGGAUUCUCUCUCUGCCCCCCACCUCUCUCUUAAACAAACAAACUUAAAAGAAAAACCUACUUGGCCAGUAACAUCUAUAGGGUGUCUUUUCAAAACGAUCGAAAGAAAGCCGGUUUCAGAGGUCAUAUCUUAAAUUGUUAUUCAGCCAACAAUAGAUAGCUUUGGAAUAAUUUGUAUUAGUUUCUGCUUUCAAAAGCCAAAGAACUUUGUGAAGAAACAGGCGAGGUAAAUAAGUGGUAUAUCAUUGUAUAUAAGGUAGAGGCCGGAAAGUGUUGAAAACACCAGCAGUGGUGGAUCGGAAGAAGCUGUUAUUUUUAUUUUUUUAUGGAAGGUGUUAAUUUUGGAUCUAAAUGUACUAGAGGUCAUGUGAAUCAGGGAGUGAAGGUCAAUACCAAUGUCUUCACUUGGAGCCAUAGGAAACAAAUACCUGUCCAAACAGGGGGAGUCUCGUUGUAUAUAGUAGCCGAGGAUAGUAU